GGUCUCAAACAGCUACCAGCACUCCGUCACAUUCUACUCGUUCCUUUUGUGUUUCAAAAUUUUUUUAUUUGCUUUUUGUUGCCCUGCACCAGCAUGCAGCUUCUCCGCUACGCGUGGGCAGCUGCAGGAGUCGCUUGCACCCUGUUUCUAGACCCUGUCCAGGGUGCUGCUUCUUGCAUAGAAGCUCCCCACGUACGGGAGUACUUCUAUGUGGGGGGUGAGUACAUCCAGACCGCCUCGGGCCAUCUGUUCAAGGAUCAAAUGUACGUUGAGAAGUUAUCGCCCACAAACGGUAGUAAUCAGCCUUAUCCUGUCGUCUUUCUCCAUGGUGGCGGCCAAGCUGGGACUAACUUUCUCAACAAGCCUGAUGGCGGUAGAGGAUGGGCUUCGUGGUUUCUCACCCAUGGUUACGAGGUGUACAUCGUCGACCGUACGAUGACUGCACGGUCUCCUUUACUGCCUAGCGAUGGCUUCACUCAAACAGUUUUCUCUGCCGAGUUCAUCGCUCAGCGGUUUACGGCUGUACAAAAGUACCCUUUGUGGCCCCAGGCAACGCUACACACCCAAUGGCCUGGAACUGGCGAGCUGGGCGAUCCAGUAUUUGACGCAUAUUACAUGUCCAACGUGCAAUCUAUAUCCAACAGUUCAGAGCAAGAGAUAACAAUGAAAGCCGCCGGCGAGGCGCUUCUCGACAGAAUUGGUCCCGCAGUGGUGAUUACACAUUCUCAGGGCGGGCUCUAUGGCUGGGCUUGGGCAGACAGCCGCCCCAAUCUCGUCAAGGCUCUAAUUCAGAUCGAGCCCAAAGGCCCACCGUUCCAAGAAGUCAUCUUCUCCUCUGAUUUCAGCCGACCUUGGGGUCUAACAUCUAUCCCAUUGACAUAUGAGCCGGCACCCACCAACCUGACCGCUCCACUCACAAUGAUGACUUUGCCCGCCGAUUCUCCCGACUUGCUCCCAUGCAUCAUCCAACAGGAACCGGCGGCUAAAUUGUCCAACCUGGCCAAGGUCCCCAUUUUGAUUGAUACGGGCGAAGCCUCAUACCAUGCUCAGUAUGAUUAUUGCUUUAUUAAGUUCCUCAAGCAGGCCGGUGUUGCCGCUGAGCAUCUUGAUCUGGGCAAGGCUGGGAUCCAUGGCAAUGCGCAUUUGCAGUUUAUGGAAAAGAACAGCGACGACAUUGCUAAGGUGUUGCAUAUGUGGAUUAUGAACAAGGUCAAGGGCAGGGAAUGAGACUUUCCUAUGCUCGAGUUCAAUAAGAGUGGGUAUUAUUAUUGUUAUUAUUUUUCCAUGUCCAAAUUUUUCUUCGCAUCGUGGUACUUCAGGAUUCCUGAAGAUGCUUUCCAGAUAUUGCUAUAGUACUACAAACAAACGAUAUGAAUAAAUAAUAUAUAGAUGUGGCAGUGACAAUAAUCACUAGCCCUAUGACCUUCAUUC